AUGAGUACGGAAACGCUGCUAAAAUCUCAGGGCCAAUGGAAGCUGCAUGGAUUUCAAAGAGCUAUGGUGACGAUCUGUACCUACAAUGCACAUACACUUGUAUCCGAGUCCUCGAGAGAAAACUUGCUCAUGCAAGCAAGAGGAAUAAAGUGCAACGCUAUCGGCCUGGCCGAAACGAGAAGACGCCAGCCUUUCAAUGCCGUCUAUGGCACCGGAGAAGAACUGUUCCUUGGAACAUGUCACAGUAAAGGAGUCGGCGGCGCCGGCGUUGUCGUCAACACGAGUUUGUCCGUGAGCAUAGAUUCAUUCGAACAACUUACAACCUGA